AUGAUACAUUUCAAAGAAGAUCAUGAUUUUUUAUUUAACAAUCAAAUAAGAGGUUUAAAAUAUGUUCAAGCUUAAUUAGUAAUUUAUUUAGCUGUUUUUAUUGAUUUAAAUGUUUUUAAAGUUAAAAUGAUACAUAAUUUCCUAAAAAAUUACUUAAAAAAUUUGAUAUAAUAUAACUUGGAAUAGCACUGA